GGUGUAAUGGGGUGGGUGCCAGGCUCUCCGUGGACGUCGAAAUGGCAGUUCUCACUCUCAGUGUACAUCUCCUGCAGUCCUGACUGCCAGGACCUUGUCUCCUCUCUCAUGGAGGACUAUGUGCCACUGUGGCAGAAGCAGUGCAUUGAUGGAGGUUGCAGUCUGACACCGUGUCACUUUCAACCCUCAGCUCUGGCCCAGUACCCUGUGAACACAGACUACAUGAUGAGUGUUUGCUCCACCGAAUGUGACAGGAGCAAUAUCUUCGUGUGUUUCUUAAAGGAGAAAAAUAGCCAGUCACUAAAGCUGGAGGUUGAACAUGGUCAUCUGAACAACCCUCUGGCUAGACCCAGUGUCUUCCUCCUCAUCCCUUCCAGUAUGAGAUCCAAGUCAGCUGGAGACGGUGGUGGUGGUGGGGAGGUGCUGGAGUGUGUGGAGGAUGGAAGUGAAAGUCUGCAGUGGGUAUCGGAGCAGAUUCAGACCAUUCUCAGAAAGGAGUUCUCAGUGGGAGGUGUGGUGGAGGGAGACAGUGAGGAGGUGAUGGGGAGGAUGGGUCAGCUGGAAGACAUGAGGGCAGAGUGGCACCAGAGGAAGACCCUGGAGCACUACGUUCAUCGCGCUCCUCCCGAGCUCUUUGGAGUGGAGACGGUGUAUGAUCGUCUGGAGGAGUACAUGAGAGAAGAAGGUCCAGUUCUUCCCCUGCUGCUCACCGGACACCCUGGCCUCGGGAAGUCCACUCUCCUCGCCAAAUGGAUAGACAGGAUGGAGAGAGGAGGGAGCAAAACCAAUCUCAUUCUCUAUCACUUUGUCUCGUGUCUGGGGUCGUCCAGUGCUGAGCCCGGAGUCAUUUUCGGGAGACUGCUCAAGAAGAUCAGAUAUGUGUGUGGAGAGGCGUCAUCUCUACCAACAGUUCCGUCACAGCUGAUGGAGUCAUUCACAGACAGUCUGGAGAGGCUCUCGGUGGCCAAGGUGGAGGAGGGAGGGAUGGCGGUCAUUGUCAUCGAUGGAGCCGACCUCAUCAAGGAGUGUGAGCAGAGUCUGUACUGGCUCCUGCAGCCUCUGCCACAGAACAUUAGAGUGGUCCUCUCUGCCAAUGAGGAGAACUAUCCUGACUCUUGGAGAGCUCUGCCGUCUCCCAGUAUCCCCACACCGACUGCACAGGAGAUGCAGGACAUCGUGGAGUACAUGGUGGCUGGCAGAGACAGCCUCAACCUUGAGCAGGUAGGUGCCCUGGCAGUUGAAGGACCAGCCAUUCCUCUAUGGGGAGUCCUGGCAACUCAGCAUGCUCUGAGUGUGAGUGCUGCAACCUCUGAGGAGAUGGAUGCUAUCAUUGACACUCUGGUCACUGAGCAGGAGGUGGAGGACCUGACUUGUCUCAUUCUCAGGGAGCUGGAGGAGAGCUAUCCAUGGAUGGCCCGCAGUAUUGAACAGGUUCUAAAGGUCAUCUACUGGUCCAGAAAUGGUGUUCUCUUUGGGGAACUGCUAGACAUCACUGGUCUAGCGGACACUCUGCUGAGACUGACAGUGUGUGAGCUACAGAGACGCUCCAUACUCCAGACCUGCGGUGGCCUCUUGCAACUCACUCAUCAUGACCGUUCAGGGUGCUGUUCAACUCAAGUUACAGUCACCUGUCGUCCAGUGAAAGUUUGCUGCAGUGGACUGAGCAACUCACUACCUACUAUCUCCAGUCUCCAGUAG